CAUUUUACAGGCUUUCAAGGCAAGCUUAUAAAGUACCCUCACAACCUGCAAUGCAAGGUCCAGUACAUAGCGCUAUAGAAGAAAAAUUAAACGAGCAAUUAAAGCCUCAAAGUCUUGAAAUAAGAAAUGAUAGUAGUUUACACGCCCAUCAUCAUGCUAUGGUAAUACAAGGUGGUGGCAAUGGCGAGACUCAUUUUGCAGUAACAGCUAUUAGUGAUCACUUUAAAGGUAUGCUUCAGAUACAGAGGCAUAGAUUUGUCAACCGUUUACUAAAUCAUGAGUUCGAGCAUAACGGUUUACAUGCCCUUUCUUUAAGAUUGUACACUCCAGAAGAAGCUGAAAGGAUAAAAAAAUGAAUUAAUUUAUUAGAUUAUUAAUGUAUGCUGCUAAUAUGCCCUAUCUAUUCCUAAUUGCGCUUCAUAACGCUUUAUAGAUGGUUCAUCGUAGUAGCAUUUUAACUAUAGACCAUUAAACCAGUGAUAUCGUCAUUAGCUUUUCAGCUUUUAUCAGAUUCACAAA